UUCAGUCUUUCUUCUUUUUCUCUCUUGCCCGAAGCUUCAUUUCUGAAUUUGGAAGACGUUCGAUCGAGUUCACUCGGUAUCGUGUCCAAAGAUAUUCGAAUUAGGGUGUCACAGAAGGAGAAGAUUCGGAGAGAUUGAGGAUGGGGAGUCCGAAGAAGAACGAGAGCAAGGGGUUUUUCUCCACCAUGACUUCCGGCUUCUCCAUGUUCGGCAGUGCCAUGUCGAGAUCCGUCAACGGACUGCUUGGUUAUGAAGGUGUUGAAGUCAUAAAUCCAGAGGGCGGCCAGGAAGAUGCUGAAGAGGAGGCCCAGAGAGGAAGGUGGAGGCAGGAGGACAGAGAUAGUUACUGGAAGAUGAUGCAGAAGUACAUAGGUUCAGAUGUCACGUCCAUGGUGACUCUUCCUGUUAUUAUAUUUGAGCCUAUGACCAUGCUCCAGAAGAUGCCAGAGCUAAUGGAGUAUUCCUACUUGUUGGACCAAGCAGAUGAGUGCGAGGAUCCAUACCUGCGUCUAGUAUACGCCUCGUCAUGGGCUAUAUCUGUUUACUAUGCCUACCAACGAACUUGGAAGCCCUUCAACCCUAUUCUUGGGGAGACUUAUGAGAUGGUCAACCAUGGCGGUAUCUCAUUUAUUUCUGAGCAGGUUAGCCAUCAUCCCCCGAUGAGUGCUGGUCAUGCUGAAAACGAGCACUUUACCUACGAUUGCACGUCAAAGUUAAAAACUAAAUUUUUGGGGAACUCUGUCGAUGUUUAUCCCGUUGGGAGAACGCGUGUUACACUCAAAAGAGAUGGUGUGGUUCUGGAUUUGGUUCCACCUCUCACCAAAGUUCACAAUCUAAUAUUUGGGCGGACCUGGGUUGACUCACCCGGCGAGAUGAUCAUGACAAAUCUAACAACUGGCGACAAAGUUGUCUUGUACUUCCAGCCAUGUGGUUGGUUCGGUGCUGGACGCUAUGAAGUGGACGGAUAUGUUUACAAUGCAGAUGAGGAACCUAAAAUACUGAUGACCGGGAAAUGGAACGAGAAAAUGAGCUACCAACCUUGUGAUAUGGAAGGGGAACCACUUCCAGGAACCGAGCUGAAAGAGGUGUGGCAUGUUGCUGAUGUUCCGAAAAACGACAAGUAUCAAUAUACCCAUUUCGCCCACAAGAUAAACAGCUUCGACACCACUCCUAAGAAACUCUUGCCAUCGGAUUCACGUCUCCGUCCUGAUCGGUAUGCCCUUGAGCAGGGUGACCUUUCUAAAGCUGGUGCCGAGAAGCACAGUCUGGAGGAGAAACAGAGGGCGGAGAAGAGGUCCCGAGAAGCAAAGGGGCAUGGGUUCACCCCGAGAUGGUUCGAUCUGACAGACGAGACAACAUCUACACCAUGGGGGGAUCUCGAGAUAUAUCGAUUCAAUGGUAAGUAUAUGGAACACCGAGCCAUUUCAGACACGUCGAGCGGUGAGGUCGAUGCCAAACCUGUCGAGUUUAAUCCAUGGCAGUACGGUUAAAUGUACAAGCAAGGGUUUAAUGGAGGUUGAGCAAUGAGUUCCAUUGAGUUUCUCCCUCUGUGGGUCUGAACUGAUUACUUGUAGUUUCAACAUGAAGCGUGCGAUAUCAUCAUCAUCAUCAUCAUCAUCAUCAUCAUCAUCAUCAUCAUUAUUAUUAUUUUAUUUCACAUCUUCACCUAUGGUACUGAUUUCGGGGAAGAAAUUACAAUUUUUAUUUUUUUCGGAAUUUAGGUCCGAAUCAACAUUGUUUUUAAGUUUGACAAUGUCAAGAAUUACGAUCCUCUAAAUAUUACAACGGAUCACUA